AUGAGUGACAAGGAUAUUAUCACGGUGGUGUCCACGCACAUGUCUUAUCAGUUACCGAACAACUGGACAUUGCAUAUUUUCGAUCCUCAUCCGUUCACGUCUGAUUUGAUUCCGGUCUCACUUGUCGAACCGGAAUCGGUUCUGUGUGUCGGCGACAGUUACACCCCAGUUGUGAGCAGUAUCAUUGGAUUUAUCCUAGUACUAAUUGCAGUGGGAACGGCCGGCGGGAACUUUCUGGUCAUCCUUGCUGUCGCGUUGGUGAAAAAGCUACAAACGCCCAGUAAUUUCCUGAUAGUUAGUUUAGCAUUCAGUGACCUACUCGUGGGCAUCCUUGUCCUUCCGUUCAGUAUUAUAGACGCACUCAAAGGGUACUGGCCAUUCAACGAACCUCUAUGUGAUAUGUAUAUCUCUUUUGACGUGCUCAUGUGUACUGCGUCCAUACUGAAUCUAUGCGCAAUCUCGAUUGAUCGUUAUUUGGUGAUCACACGACCGUUUACUUAUGUGAGUAAACGAACGCCGUGCCGAAUGUUGCAAAUGAUUGCCGCGGCCUGGGUGAUCUCCGCGUUGAUCAGUAUUCCGCCAAAUAUCGGUUGGAAAACUCCUUUUGAGGUGUGCAAAUGUGAAUACAGUAAAAAUGUUGGCUACCAAAUCUAUGCCACAUUUUGUGCAUUCUAUCUGCCGCUGUUAGUCAUGAUCGUACUCUACGGACGGAUAUUCAAACUGGCUCGAGAAAUGUCCCGAGCGGAACACAGACAAAUGGUGGCAAGUAGUGCGGAAGAUGCACAAGCUGUGGUUGACGACUCCAAACCGGAAAAUGUGGCUAUCUGUAACAAGGAAGGAGAGGAGUGUUUGAAUAGACUGAGCACCACAACUUCGCAAGAUAAUAAUAACCCACAUCCCAAUACUGCACAACCGACCGCAGAAAACGGGAAUCGUGUAACGGGCACAAACAAUGAUACGCAUGAGACUAGAAGUAGUAUUAACACGACCACCGAACGGCAUGGUGCUUUGAACGAUUCUCUGACCACAACGGAUUUGCAUAAUGGACGAUCGUUUUCGAAAUCUAAACGCGCCAGCAAAGAUUCAUCCACAGCAUUUAUCAAUCGUAGUAAUUUUCAUGUGGUGGACACAAGACAACCUUCGUGUACGGAUUUACAGAGGCGGAAGUCUCGUGGCAGUGCUGAUUCCAAAGUGAUAAAAACCCUUGGAGUGAUUAUGGGCUGUUUUUGCUUGUGCUGGCUCCCGUUUUUUAUUAUGCAACUAUUACUUGCUUUGCUCACAGCAUCGGGAUACAACACGGAGAACAUGAUACCAGUUGAAGCGUUCCGGUUUCUACUGUGGCUAGGUUAUGUGAACAGCUUUCUCAAUCCAAUAAUCUACGCAAAAUACAAUCAAGAAUUUCGACUGCCGUUUAAAAUGAUUCUUCUCUGUCAGUGUCGAAACAUCAAUGCCCGUUUACGCUCGGCGACUUUCAGUGCCGAAUAUGGACUCCCGGCCACAUCUUCACGUCGAACGACUUCAUGGUUUCAAUCGGUUUCCUCGCGCAGCACCCGGAGAAAUCAUCGAGAGCCCAGUGGGUUCCGGAGCUCAGACUACUACGGUAGACCUAGACCUCCGUCACAUUUGCACCAAAUGGACACACCGAAAGACGAAGUGAAUCCCACUCGCAGUCAAGUGUGA